GCAGUUGAGGUGGAAUGCUGAGAGUGAGUCGGAUGACGACGUCGAAGACAUUGCGGCGAUAAGCGCAAAUCGUCAGAAAAUACAGGAAGCCAGAUAUGCCUUGAAAGAGUUCAAGAAAUCGGCGGCCCCGGAACUGAAGGUCAAAGUCAAAGGCGCCAACAAAGGGGGUAAGAAGAAUCCGCACUUCACACCAAAGGUCAAGGGUGGCAAACGAGGCAAAGCGGGUGCAGAUGAGCCCAAAAAACGAACAUUCGGCAAGAAACGGGGCACAAAGGGCAAGAGAGGUUGA